AUGCAGAAAUUGAUUUUAAUGUUUAUCCUGGCUUCAACAUCGUCAGUUACUGCUUUUAUUUUAAACAACGAAAAUUUUGAGAAGACACCAGAUAAUUCAAUCGUUGAAAAACCUGUGGAAUCGCAACAAUACAAUGAAAAAGCUGAUGAUUAUUUGUAUAAAAUAUGGCCAAUCUUGAAAGUUAAAGUAAAUCCGCCUCCAGUUUACUCCAGAGUUGGUGACCCUAUUGCAGCAGCUUUAAAUCUUGAAGCAGAAAUGAGAGCUGCGCGGAAAUUAGAUAGAAUUAUUGGAUACGAUACAGAAUUUGAGAAUGCUGUCAAUAAGGGGAUUAAGGAAUGGGACUUCACACUUAUUGUCAGAACGAUUUACAACGCGGUGCUGAAAAGAUCAACAAAUUCAGAUAAAUUUGAAGCUUUAAAUAUAUUAGAAAAAUUUGGACCUCCAACUACACUGUUAGACGCUGUCGAUCGACUUUCGCCAGAACAGAAGGGUGAAAUUGCGUUAUUGAUACGGUCACGAGACGUUGCUAAAAUUAACCUAAUUCUAAACGGCAUUCUUAUCAGUCUACCACGAGAGGAUCAGGAUCAGAAGUAUUUGGAGAGAAUAAAAGGAAAAGUUGGAAAGGAAAGAUGGGUAAUUUGCUCAAAUAACGAAUUUAAGAACUGUUCUUGUUGCUCGUUUUCAGCAGAUCUGAUUGAAAUACUUAUUCAGUGUACAUUUAUCAAAUGA